CACAGUGCCAUUUUGGAGGUCGAUCGAAAUGAAGUGGAUAAUACUGUCAAUGUGCGUCGUCGCCUGCACAGCCGACUUCUACGCAAUCCCGAAGGACGACCACACGGUGGACGCUCUGCGAAGGGACCUGCCGGAGCUGAAGCGACGACUGGCCUGCUAUAUCGACGAGGGGCCCUGCUCGCCCAUGGCUGAGGCGUACAAAAAUAUAGCUGAGGAUAUGGUGCUGACGAAAUGUGCGAAGUGCUCGCCGGAGCUGCUGGAGCUGUGUCGGGCGUUCCUCGAAGCCAGCAGGGAGGCGUUCCCGAGAGAGUACAGCUUGCUGCGUAUGAAGUACGACCCUACUGACUCAUACUUCGACGCCCUGGAGAACACAGUCGGAUGCAGCAGGCACUAGACCCCGAAUAAUCAC